AUGGUAGAGUUGUCCCCCACGGGGAAGGAGGUCGUUGCUGGGCUCAGUGCCGGUGCAGUGACGUCUCUCGCGGUGCACCCGUUGGAUCUCGUCAAGUUGAGGGUACAGUUGAGGGCAACGAAGGGUGCCCGUGCUGGGGAGUACUGGGCUGUUCUGAGGGGGAUCCUCGGUGGUGAGGGGGCUCUCAAGUUCAGACAGUUGUACAGGGGGCUCCCGAUCAACUUGUUGGGGAACUCUGUAGCGUGGGCGCUGUAUUUCGGGAUAUACGGGUCUCUGAGGGACGUGGUUGCUCCUAUGGUGAAGUCACCCUCGUGGGCGUACCUCAUGGCAGGUGGGAUCAGUGGUGUGGCGACCUCCGUGCUGACUAACCCAAUAUGGGUCGUCAAAACACGGAUCAUGGCCGUCGAUCGCGUCCCGGGUGCUCCAGCGAGCGAUAGGUCGAUGGGCCCCGCGUUCCUGAGAUUAUUGCGGGAGGAAGGCGUGCCUGGGUUGUACCGUGGGAUGCUCCCAGCAGUGCUAGGUGUGGGGCACGGAGCAGUGUACUUCCUUUUCUACGAUACACUCAGGGAACGUAUCCUAAGGGACCGUGAAAGUAAGAAGCUUCGGAACUCGGAGACCGUGCUCAUGACAGCGGUCAGCAAGAUGGUAGCGGUCACGGCAGUGUACCCGCUGCAAUUGUUCAAGGCAAACCAACAGUCCCGUGCAGCAGUGGAGGGGGAUUACUCAUUGCGCUCCCUCGUCAGGAAAGUCGUGGGCAACAGGGGGGUCCGCGGGUUGUACACUGGUCUACUGGCAAACUUGGUCAAGGCAGUGCCAUCCACUUGCAUCACUUUCUGUGUCUACGAGAACCUCAAGUACUCUCUGUAA